AUAUCCCCACAAAAUGGGCGAUCGCAAUCAUGAUCCGGGUAUUAUGGACAAAUCGAUGCGUUCCGUAUUCGUAGGCAAUAUCCCGUACGAUGCGACCGAGGAAGCACUGAAGGAAAUCUUCUGUGAGGUGGGACUGGUGCUGUCGAUGAAGUUGGUGUACGAUCGCGAAUCUGGUAAACCGAAAGGUUAUGGAUUUUGCGAAUACAAGGAUAAAGAGACAGCACUGAGUGCGAUGCGCAACUUGAACGGGUACGUGUUUGGUGGACGCCCGCUUCGCGUAGACAAUGCUUGCACGGAAAAGUCUCGUAUGGAAAUGGCAGCACUGCUGCAUACUAACCGUGCCGAAAGCCCGUACGGUGAGCACUGCUCGCCACAACACGCGCCCGAAGUUAUCACGAAGCAUGUUAGCAGCAUGCCACCGGAACGCUUGCACGAGCUAAUGCUGCAGAUGAAACAGUUGGUGCAAACAAACCUAUUUGAGGCACGGCAUCUGCUCAUGCAGAAUCCUCAACUAGCGUACGCACUGCUGCAGGUGCAGGUGCUCUCGAAAGCGAUUGAUCCCGCAGCGGCCUAUUCGUUCCUGUACAAAUCACAAUCGACGCCUAAUUUUAACGACCAAUUCCAACCAAAUCAACCCCAAGGUGGUGGGAUGCAGGCUAAUUCGGCACAAUUCAUGCCAAUACCCUUCGGUGCCAAUGGAAAUGCCGAUAACUUUCGUCCGAACGUGGAUCCUCGACUUGGGCGUCAAGCUACUUCAGGAGCUAACGAUUACGAUCACCGGAAUCGUUUUGCUGCCGGGGCACCGGCGGCCCAAAGACCAACGCCUUUACCGCAACAAAACGCAACACCAUUCCCAACCGAUCCGAGGCAGCGGCCCGUCGAUCCGCGGAUGGGCAAGGAUCCACGUUUGAUGAAUGCUGCUGCAGGUGUUCAUUUCGCAGCCAAUGCAAAUCAAGCCCAGCCAAGUGUUGGAGGAAGACCGAUGGUUCCACCGCCCAGUGCGGCAUCGUUAUCGGCCGCAUCUUCCGGGCUUAAUUUAGAUCCGCUCCCUAGCGAUGCAACCGAUCAGGAGAAGGCUGCACUUAUCAUGCAGGUGUUGCAGCUGUCCGACGAACAGAUUAACCUACUGCCUCCGGAGCAGCGCAACAGUAUCCUGGUGUUAAAGGAGCAAAUAGUGCGAAGUACGCAAAUAAGAUGAAUAGUAAUUGAAAUACA